AUGGCCGAAAAAAUAGAAAACACAUGUUCCUUUGAUAUUCGAUCCAAAACCACAUUUUCCUUUGAUAUUCCGGCCUCCAUGGUUCACACCAAUGAAAGCAUUUAUACUCCACCCUUCGCGACCACAUAUAAUAUGUAUUGGCAAUUACAUCUCAAGACAAAUCACGAUCGUCAAAAGAAAAGUACAAAUGAUCCAACAUAUCAUUCUCUAACUCUCAAUGCAAUACCGAAUCCCGAUGAGGAAAUUUCUUCUUCCACCUGGGAUGAUCGAGAAAAAUUCUCUGCUACGAUUUUUAUGAAAAAUCCUUAUCUAGAAUUAGAACAUGGAGCUCUAUGCGAUUCAUCGAUCCUGGAUUAUGAAUUCGGAAUUGAAAAUUUCGUUGAAUCCUGUGACCUUCCGAAAACUGGGCAUAUAACAAUCGGCGUUUUAUUUGACGAUGUGAAAAUUGAAAAUGAAAAGUCAUACUCCCCGCUUCCAUCUAAGCCGUGGCCAGAAGAUCUCAUUGAUGCUUGGUCCAACGAAUUGAAUCAACCCGAUAUUUCCGAUAUUCAAUUCAUUGUGGAUGGCGCAGAGAUCUAUGGUCGUAGUUCAAUUCUCUCACGUCGUUCGGAAUAUUUUCGUAAAAUGAUCGAUGGGGGUUGGACCGAAAAUAAUUGUUAUUCGAAAAAGGACGGCGAAACUUCAGCAACAGACAAUGAUUAUUCCGGCGAGGAUAUAACAGAAACUGCAACCAUAGAAUCAUCGGAAAAUACUUCUCUGGAGGAUACACCAUCUACUCUUGAAAUUGCCGAGGAAAAUACUCAGCAACAUAAAUCUCUUCGACAUAUUCGUUACAAGGUCAACGUAACAGACGUUCAUCAAGACACUUUCCUCGAGAUGUUACGCUAUUUGUAUACAAAUAACUUAGAAAUUGAUUCAAAAUCUUUACACAGAAGACCUAUAGAUAUUUUCAUUGUUGCUGAUAAAUAUCUUAUUCCGGAUUUGCGCCAAUUAGCAAAAUCGCACAUAUACAAAGACUUAACAGUAGAUAACGCGGCAGAGAUUUUAUUUGGUCAAGUUUAUAAAUGGAAUGAUUUGAAGAAUGAUGUGAUGAAGUAUGUGGCGACAGAAUUUUCAAAGAUUAGAAAGACCAGUGGGUAUCAAAAAAUAGUAUCAAAUCCAGUGGAUUAUCCGAUGGCUGUUGCAUUGAUGUCUGAACUUCUGAAGUUGUUAGUCCCCGAUGACGAACAAUAA